CGAUGCUGCAGCGAAUAUGGCGGCUUGCAUCUGAUAGAAAGUGAGGAAUCUCGCAUCAAAAUACCCGGUUUCACACGCAUCUGUUGGGGUGACUGCCUGUCUGACUUGACCUGAAGAAGCACCGUCAUCAUGGGCCGAACACCACACAGAGAUCAAAAGGAGGAGAAGAAGGAGAGACGGAGCAGCAUCACAGCAGGCUCUGCUCUUGACAAGUCUAAUGAACCAUUCAGCUGGGAGGAAUAUCUGAGAGAAACGUCCUCCAUUGCAGCAUCGCCUUCGUGCUUCAAGCAGUCCAGAGUCCCGCCCUCCAAUGACUUCAAGGCAGGUAUGAAACUUGAAGCGCGGGACCCUCGCAACUCUAACUCAGUGUGUAUUGCAACGGUGAUGGGCAUGAUGGGCACUCGGCUACGCCUGCGUCUGGAUGGUAGCGACAACACCAACGACUUCUGGCGGCUGGUCGACUCGUCGGACAUCCAGCCAAUAGGAACUUGCGAGAGGAACGGAGACAUGCUGCAGCCGCCGCUCGGUUUCAGGAUGAAUGCCUCCUCAUGGCCCAUGUUCCUCUUACGAACGCUCAGCGGAGCAGAGAUGGCCCCAGCCUCUGCUUUUAAGAAGGAACCGCCCAGCCCUGCUAAAAGCUACUUUCAGCCUGGUAUGAAGCUGGAGGCAGUGGACAGGAAGAACCCUUACCUGAUUUGUCCCGCCACAGUGGGUGAGGUCAGAGGUCAGGAGAUUUUUGUCAUGUUUGACGGCUGGCGAGGCGCCUUUGACUAUUGGUGCCCCUUCGACUCCAGAGACAUCUUCCCUGUCGGCUGGUGUGCCCUGACAAAACACAACUUACAACCACCGGGAAACUUCUUUACCCUCCCUGGUGCCCUGCUCGCCCCAGUUUCUUCCACCUCAUCUACUCGUCGGUCCUCUUUUAACUCCUCCUCCAUGCAGACCUCGUACCGAUUACCCAACCCCUUGCCACCCCUCCCUGUUCGCAAGGGUGUCCGCGGCCGUCGUCCCAAAUCCCAGACUAUUGCUUUAUUGAAAGCAGCGGCAGAAGCAGCAGCAGCAGCAGCGGUAAAUGGAGCAUCGCAAAGCCCAGCCAGAACUAGCACCGAAACUCAGCUGGCCCCCAGACCACACAAGAAGAGAGGACCCAAGCCUAAGAACAAGAAGAAGCCUCGGGUGGUACAGUCCCUGGGGACAUCAUCAGUUACAGCUCCGCCUCCAGAGACCAGAUUGAGUGUCAGCCACGUCUCAGUGGACAACAACCUUAGCAACAGCACAAAUGUAGUUUGCACAGUGUGUGUCUACGUGAACAAGCAUGGUGACUAUGGCCCGCAUCUUGAUCGAAAACUAGUGCAGCAACUCCCAGACCACUUCGGUCCAGCUCCAGUCAAUGCAGUCCUUCAGCAGGCUGUUCAGGCCUGUGUGGACUGCACAUACCAGCCCUCUAUACUGCUGUCAUUUCUACAGAGCCAGUCCCAUACAGGCGGAGAGGUCAUUAGAGUGCGCUCAGAGCAUGGUAUCCGCUAUGUGAAGCUGCCCUCUGCCUCCAGUGCUUCUUCUGUGCUGCGGUUCCUGGAGAACAUGUGCCAACAUCUGGAGAGUGACAGUCUAUUCAGCUCGCAGCCUUUCAGCCCCUACAGCAACAACGCACGCUUUUACAACAGGGCCAAGUCAGAACCGCUGUCUCUUGCUGAGAAUGGCCUGCCUAACAACGAUUCCUCUAAGGAUCCCAAUCCGAGCCCCCGCCCCCUUCACAACACAUCAGACUACAGAGCAGCCAAGAGGGAGCGUCCGUAUUACCCCGGACACACACAGACGCCGCCACCUCUCCGGCGAGUCAGCUCCAACCCCACUGAACCUGGCCCAGUGUGUACACACAGACGAGUGGAGGCAGCUAGCUCAACAACAGGUCCAGACCACAUGAAGCAGGACAAAGACGGCUCAGGAAACAGCGCUUCAUCCUGGUCGGUUGAUGAUGUCGUACGGUUUGUCCAAGAAGCUGAUCCCCAAACUCUGGGGCCUCAUGUGGAACUGUUCAGGAAGCAUGAGAUCGAUGGGAAGGCGCUGAUGCUGCUGCGCAGUGACGUCAUUAUGAAAUACAUGGGUCUGAAGCUGGGCCCGGCGCUCAAACUCUGCCAUCACAUUGAGAAGCUGAAGCAGACCAAGCAGUAGAGGAUGAUCACUGUCAACAAAACACACACAAACAAACAGUGAUACAAUGCAGUGGAGUCCACGUGAACCACAGUUGUAGCUACUCAUGAGGACACUGAGGUCAUGUUAUCCUUACGUUUUGUGAAUUUGGGGGUUUUAGGAACCUGAAAAAAAAUAAUAACGUGAUAACGAGUUCCCCGUCAUUCCUGAGAAUUUGUGGAAAACACUUUGAAACAGCAUUCAAGCAGCUGUGAAUUUGGGGAAAUUCAUCAAAAGUCUAAACCUUUAAGGAAAAAUAUACAUUAUGGAAAUCCCAGUAAAACUCCCCAGUGACUGUCCUGACUUGAAAGCAGCGUGUUCUUAAAGUUACAGACACCAGUUUAAAGUACAUGAAGUUAACCUUAGUACCUGAAGGCAGCAUUUGCAUAGCUGUAAUUAGUGUCAGAUAUCUGAGCAUAGGUCAUUGUGUUUAUGUUUGUGUCCAUUUGCCUUAUUUUGAAUAACUGGAUGCCAUAAUAUGUCAGUCUUUAUCAACUUACCUCUACUGAUGCUCACAGAUGUACACUAUAGGUUUUGUAUUGUUAUUUUUUUAUUUCCUGUCUGGCUUUUUCUUUCCCUGGUCAGAUUUUCAGGGUGGCUGCUCUGCACAAAAGACUCAGAAGGUUAGUUCAGGUACGGGCGGUGAACGUCUCGCUGCAUAAUUUCUAACAAGGCAAUAAAAGUUUCUAAAUGACUGCAUCUCUUGCAGACUGUCGGGUUUAGUGUAUACAUGCCAGUGAAUGUAUGAAGUCAUGAGCAUUAUUGCUGGGUACUGAACAGCAGGGGCGCCCCGGUUAGUUUGUAUAAAUUAAUGUGGAAAUACUGGAGAAGUCUUGCUUUCUUGAAGUCUUUUCCCCCCUGUCAUCAAACACCUCAUUUAUAAUCUUUGUAAGAAACGACCUCAUUUUUGCAGAUUCGGCGCUGUUUCUAUUUAAAUGAUUAUUUUGGAAGAAACUCUUUGAUCAGCUGCGGCACAGGCUGUAGACGAAGAAGAAACAGUCGCUGAGGAGCUCGUUCUCUCUCACUUCUGUUGUCUGUAUGCGGCAGGACAUUCAAGCUAGUUAGUCUCAGCUUGAACACUGAUGUGUUUAUAUGAUUGUAUUAUGCUUUGACAGUCAAAACAUUAAAUACACACAAGACGUACAAUGACUGGAAUGCUAUAAGUGUUUCUGACAUCAAAAUAAAAGCAAGUCGAGCUUGAGCGCUGUACAGGAAGUUAAAGUGCUCUUUCCUGGUUGAGCACAAGACGGAGAAACUUUUGUAUAAAGUUGAGAUAAAAAGUUGUUGUUUUUUUUAUAUCAUUUUGUACUGUAACAAAGUGUAUCAAGCGUAAGUGUAAUCAGUUCUUUCUGCCUGACAUAGUUUUUGUGUGCACUGUCAAAUAACUGCAUAUGGGAAGAUAUUGUGUCUGAGUAAUUCUUUGCAAGUCUCAAAGUAUUUAUCUGUUCCUGAUGGCAGAAAUCCUCAUUUUCUGAACAUUUCAGAGCAAUUUUCAAACCAAAUCAUGUCUUUUGUAGCUGCAUUUCACACUGUUGCUCUCCUGUAGUGGUAACAAGUUGAUACUUGAAACCGUCUUGCUUUAAUGUGAAUCUCAGGUUUUAGUCAGGUUUGUUUCUUCUUAGAUGUUUUACACCAUUAGAAUUUUGUGUUCGUUACUACAGCAUAGAGGGACUGCACAACAACCAACUAUGUAUAUUUUCUAUGCCUUGUCAUCUCGCUCUGCAGCAUUUCAUAUGUGUGU